CUGUUCAGGCAACGGUGUCGCAGGCACCGCACGCUAGUUCUCAGUCCUUUCGCGGCGGCCAACGGUAUUGCAUGUGCCGCUAGCUGCUACGCACCAAAUAAACAUCAACAACGCGAGGAAACUUGCCGUGAAGUGUGAUAUGAUGCUGACUUGUGUGUUUUAAAAGACAGUGAAAAGUACGAACAGAAGGAUCGAGUGCAGUGUACAAUAACGCCCGAAAAUGCCGAAAAUUUUCCUGAUAAAGAAGAGGCUGCAUGAGCAGCAAUUGGGAUUGCAGGAAGGGCAGGAGUUUCUAUCUAAUAAAGCGGACCCCUUAUGCCCCGGCUCACCCCUUGACGAUGGUCCUAUACCACUCCUUUCUAAGAAAGACAAGGAAUGCGUUGAUCGUGAUGUCUUUGGAGAGAAUAAUGGAACCAAAGGUGUACAAGAUAUACAAACAAAAGAACCAAGAAGAUUCAUUUCGUCAAUUCUUGGAGGUGGUAUUCCUUACGGUAGUCACAGAGGGCAUGUCCUUACUCAAGCAGAACGUAAACAAUACUUACCUGUAGUUACAGAAGAUAAGAAAACUGAUGACAGACCAAUAAUAAAAGAAGAAAAAGAUGUCUUAGACAGUGAACCUAUAGUUCUUCCAUCUAGAAAUACUCCUUCACCUGAAUCAGUACCUUCACCAAGCAUAGAUAACAAUGUAACAUGUCAAAAAGUAUCUGUUAUCCAGAGAACACCGUCACAAUCACAAUUUCGUGAUAAUAAGAAAGAAUUAUCAGAAGUUAGUAUUCCAGCAACACUUCCUGCAACAGAACCAGAACAAGACCAACCGAUUGAUUAUGUCAUAGCAAAAAAACGAGGAGAAUCAGAAGAUGAAGAAACAGAGAAAAAAAUAAGAGAACAAAGAAGAACAAGUAGUUCAAAAAUCGCUAAUGGAAUUUUAGCUAGACCUGUAUUAAUUUUGCGAAAUUGCCCCGCCAGUAAAGUUCCCGGAAUAAUCAAUGCUGCUGCAGGACAUGGAAGGUCAACAGGAGGCAAUGGUUCUUCUAGUGGUUCUAAUAAUAGUGGAAAUUCGGGAAGUUUUAGCUCUGGAGGUGGUAGCACUGCUCCUUCUUCUGGAGGAGGUGGGGCAAUUGGUGGGGGAUCAGGAAGUGGUGGUAAUGGCCGAGAUGGUAGAUCUAAUUAUGGCCCUAAUAGUCCACCUACCGGGAGUCUACCUCCUUUUUAUGAAACACUAGGACCCUCCUCAAAGGGGGGACAGAAUUCUUUCAACGCCAAUAGUAAUUUUUCUAAUGAAUUCAAUAUUAUAAACGGAUUCAACAUGGAUUGCGAAAACAAUGAAAAUACUACAAAUUUUCCGGAACAAAGUAAACAAUAUUCAUUAAUGCAGAAUGCCCAUUACGGUUUAGCUCUAAAAGACGAAGAAAUUGAUUAUGAAAACAAAUUAGAAAAUUUAAGCGCAAUUAGCAACUAUCCAAAUAAUUUUGAUGAUUCAAUGGUAGUAGAUAUGGGAGAUGACGUUAUAGAUAAUUAUCAAUUUUCUACCACUUUAACAUUCUCAGGUACAAAUGAAGGUAUUUUAAGCAAUUUAUCAGAUUCAACAGAAGACUUUGCAAAUUUAUUAAAUAACCAUGUUGAAUCUAUAACAGAUUCAGAACUCAGAGAAUCAUCAUCAAUUACUCCGGACUCUGUUCACAAUCCAUUAGAUAUCGAGACGUUGGCAGAGCAGGUAAAUUUAAGUAGACAAUAUUAUGAAAAAGCCAAUUAUUUAGCAUUUGCAAGUCAAGAGCAAAAUCCAUCUUAUACUUUUGCUAAAGACCGUCCAGAUUUACUGAUGCAAUUAAAUCCAGCAUUACUACAACAUAACGAGGGUCAAAUGCAACAGCUCCAAAUUCACGUUCAGUUUCAGCAAAGGCCACAAAUAUUGUCUCCUGGCUUUCCAUUCACUAGUCACUCAUUGGAGUUGGAUUCACCUACGGGUGUAUCACUUCCUUCGCCUGGAGGGAACAAUUCUUUGGAUAGCAACAAUCACAUCGAGAACUCAUCUCUCAGUCCAGCAGCUGCUGUAAGUCUCAAGAAAGGCUCUGUCAACGAGAGCAAAAUGCAAAUCUUGCAACAUAGGCUGGGUUUACCUGCUGAACUACCAUUGGAAUUCAUCAAUGGUGGACAUGGCGUAAAAAAUCCCCUAGCGACUGAAGCUAAUGCCCGACAAAGGGAAGAAGAAAAGAACAAACAAGUAUUAGUUAGCGAAGAUGAUCCUACUAAGUUCGUUUGCAGGGUUUGCUCAAAGAACUUCAGCUUACAGAGGCUUUUGAACCGACAUAUGAAAUGUCAUUCAGAUGUUAAGCGAUACUUGUGCACAUUCUGUGGCAAAGGUUUUAAUGACACCUUUGAUUUGAAACGUCAUACCAGAACGCAUACUGGAGUCAGACCAUACAAAUGCAAUCUGUGCGAAAAAUCGUUUACGCAAAGAUGCUCACUAGAAUCUCACUGUUUAAAAGUCCACGGUGUGCAGCACACUUACGCUUACAAGGAAAGGCGAACUAAGAUGUACGUGUGUGAAGAGUGUGGGCAUACUACUUCGGAGCCAGAGGAACACUACAUGCAUCUAAAGAAACAGCAUCCGUACUCACCUGCGCUAUUAAAAUUUUACGACAAAAGGCAUUUCAAAUUCACAAACGCAUCAUUUGCCAAUCAACUUCUUGGGCAGCUUCCCAUGCCUGUUCAUAAUUAAAAAAAUAACAAUUUUAUUUAAGAAAUCAAUUGGUUAAUACUGGAACCGAUUACAGCGCAAAUUAAACAAAUAUCAGUUCUUCAGUAGAGACAAUGGAAUGAAGGGUACUUAAUUACGAAUUUAGUCCGUCCGAUUUACUUUUAUAAAAAAAAUCGAAGUAUUAGUUAUUGGGAUAGGCCCAGUGCAUUCAGCUAAACUUGAAAACUUAUGCAUGCAAAAAUAUUUUAGUGUGUAAUCGAUGUCUUCCAUAAAUGUAGACAUUCCGUUGUAAAACUACAUAUUUAAACGGUUUAUAUUAAACUACGGAACUAUCCACCUUUUGUUCCCUUAUAUACCUUAAUUUUUAACAGUCAAUGUGAGAAAUAUCCAUUGCCUACAUGUUAGGCAUGACUGCAAAAAUCAAAGUAUCGGGUAUUAUGUGCAAUCUUUGGUGAUGGUACGGGGUUAUCACUUAAGUCUAGUUAUAAGUUAGACUAGAAUAUGUAGCUUUAGCCUUUAUGGAUAUUUCAUAAAAUCAUACGUUUCAUUUCAAACCAGCUAGGGUUAAAAGAUUAUUGUGUCAAAUGAAAUUGGACAAACGGAUGGUGCUAAAUUCUUAUUUUGCUGACUUGAAAUGAAACAAUUAUGGAUCGGAUGACACUUCUUGUCCGAUCUAUAAAACAUAUUAAUGCUGAUGAAGCAUUAAUGUAAAUUAACUCCACAAUAAGGAAUUUCUUUCCUCAUUUUAGUGAUACUAGCUUCUAAUUGUUUCUCAAACUAAUAACACAAAAUAUGUCACAAUUUUACGUGUACCUAUAAAAAUGUUAUGUUUUUUCUUUGUUUGUACUUAGUGUUGAGAUCGAAAUUUUAAAAUUCGGAAUGUGCGCCCUGCUGUAGGGCUCACAAUGUGUCGUACCAAGUUGAACUGCAUUUCUAGAAAUAUUUAUAAUAUUUAAAUUAAAAUUAUGAUCGAAUACAGUCUGUGCUGUGAGUGUGUGUGAGAAUUUUAUCUAUUGUGUAACUGAGUUAUUUAAUGUGUCGAUUGUUGUAUUAUAAUUUAAUUUGAUAGAACAUCAAGUCGUUGUCGGGCAAGCGCUUCCGUUUCUAGAAAAUAAUGAAGACUAAGAUGCUCAAUUUAUACAUUUGCGCUCUCACAACGUUAGUUGUGGACAAAAAUUAAUAAAUUGUAAAUAUGUCUAAAUUUAUAUGGUAGUAAGUAGUGAAAAUGAGAAUGUAAUACCUACAUUAAUUAGUGGUACCUAAUUAGCACAUAUGAGAUUUUUAAAAAUGUAAUGUUAUAAUAUUUUGUACAAUUCGCUAAGUUUUUAUAGAUCUGAAUAUUUAUAUUGGCUUAUCAUUGAUUGAGUUUGACUAUUUUAUUAUUGUGAUAGCGCAAUGCCUUGUUUAUACUUGUUUGUUGCAUUUACUAGCAUUUUAAAUCCAUCAAACUGUAGUUUCAUAUUUAAGAAACAAACUCUGUUACUCUAUAACGAUAAGCAAUAUAUCAUGAAUAAAACAUAUAUAUAUUGUUUUAUUCGUCCUACUAGCAUUUAAUUCUGUUCUUAUGUCUCAUAGAUAUGAAUAAUUUUCCCCUAAAAAUAAAUAGAACUUGAACUUCAAUCGUCAAAAAAAUUAUAUGGAAUAAACACGGGAACAAUUUAUAUCGACUACAAUAAAAGAUAUUAAAAUCAAUUCAGAAUUGGUGACGCUGUAUCUAAACUAUUUUUUUUUUGUAAACUUUCUGUUUUUAUGACAAUAACAUAUUAACGUUUAAAUUAUCACUGAGUAAUAUAUUUUACUUAAAAAAGCAUGCAAAGCCGAAACGGGUUGUUAGUAAUGAAUAUAACAACAAAAAAAUGCACAAUAAAAGAAUCUAGUUCUGUUAAAAAUAGCUUAUAAUCAAUCAUUUUUGAAUAUUUAUCUCCCAUU